ACUAUAGAGUACAACGCUGCCAGUCAAUGUGCUAUAAAAAGCACAUGAAGGAUAUUUUUCCUUUUAUAACACGAAUAAUUUGUCGGUUUUCUUCUGGGUUCCUUUAUUCCGACAUUGUCUCACACUGAGUAAGACGUAACUGUAUCUUUGACGUCGAAACGCAUACCUCUAUCACAACGAGGAAGUUGCUGCCUCUCAAACUGAAACCAGCCCAGUCUUGUGUGUGUGUAUGUGUGUGUACUGUCCUUUGCUUUGAGAGUGUCGCCAGCCUACAUGGAGAAGCUGCUCCUCGUUUCUGUCGCGGGCUCCCCUGAGGGAACAUAUCUCCACAUCAUACUGGCUUAAAGUACAAUGGUCAUGGGAUGAAGUUCUCCGUUUCCUCUGAAUAGUGGAUAGUGAAUGAACGGAGAGCUACAGUGUCACUGAGUCAUAAGUUAAAGGGGGGACCACCAUGACGGCAAGUACGGCGCACCAUCUUUGGUCCCUUGAAGACAUUCUUGGUCAGGGAGCAACAGCAAGUGUCUACAAAGCACGAAAUAAAAAAACAGGUGAGCUGGUUGCGGUAAAAGUUUUCAACAUGGCCAGCUACAGCAGACCGUAUGAGGUCCAGAUGAGGGAGUUCGAGAUAUUGAGGAAGCUGAAUCAUGCCAAUAUUGUCAAACUCUUCGCAGUGGAGGAGAUGCACAUGAACCCCAAGCAGAAGGUUCUGGUGAUGGAGUUUUGUUCAGGAGGAAGUUUGCUGAGUGUGCUGGAGGAGCCGGAGAAUGCCUUUGGUCUGCCUGAAUCAGAAUUCGUAAUAGUGCUGCAGUGUGUAGUUCAUGGCAUGAACCAUUUACGUGAGAAUGGGGUGAUCCAUCGAGACAUCAAGCCAGGCAACAUCAUGAGACAAGUGGGUGAGGAUGGGCGCUCGGUCUACAAACUCACAGACUUCGGCGCUGCUCGUGAACUGGAGGACGACGAAAGUUUUGUGUCCAUAUACGGCACAGAGGAGUACCUGCAUCCAGACAUGUAUGAGCGGGCAGUGCUGAGGAAGCCCCAGCAGAAGACCUAUGGAGUGACAGUGGAUCUCUGGAGCAUAGGUGUCACCUUUUACCACGCCGCCGCUGGCGUCCUGCCUUUCAUCCCAUUCGGCGGCCCUCGCAGGAAUAAACAGAUCAUGUAUAAGAUCACGACUGAAAAGCCUGAGAGGGCCAUUGCAGGGGUCCAGAAACUGGAGGAUGGAACCAUAGAGUGGAGCUACCAGUUGCCUCACUUCUGUCAGCUUUCAGAGGGGUUGAAGAUGCAGCUGGUACCAGUGCUGGCCAACAUCCUAGAGGCCAACCAAGAGAAGUGCUGGGGCUUUGACCAGUUCUUUGCUGCUACCACGGACAUACUUCAGCGCGUCACAGUCCACAUCUUCUCACUUCAGCAAGCUACGGCACACAGUAUCUAUAUCCAUUUUUACAACACGGCUUUAAUCUUCUUUGAAGAAGUUCAGAUCCGGACAGGAAUUGAACCAGAAUUCCAGCAGUACUUGUUUCAGGGUCACCCUCUCCCCUUGGAGCCCAGCAUGAAAGUGAUCAAUCUACCGUCCACCACUCCAGACCGACCCAUUUUUCUUCUCAGCAGACGACCUGAGAAGAUCGCAGCACUGCCUCUUAAAGAGCCGAAUACUCCACCCAUGCCCACGAGGUUUGAUGUCAUAGCAGACCACGCUUUCUCAAAGACCAUGGUAGGGGUGAUCCAUCAGUACGUGCGAAUGGCGCGUGUCCUCAUCAAGCACAGGGAACUGAUUCUACAGGGAGUCUACAGCUAUAUUGAAAGUGUGCGUAUCGAGUGCAAUAACACAGCACACAAGAUUGCUAUGGUGAACAUGAAGCUGCUCUCCUGCCUGAGCACAGAAGAGACACUGCAAACACUCAGAGGCCAGUUUCCAUUUGAGUUUCCAGAUUCCACCGACUACAAACAGAAGCUUCUACUGAUCCAGGAGAAACUGCCAGUCUAUGGCAGCAGCAUCAGAGAGUACCAGAACAAACUUCAGCAUCUGCAUGUGGAGUUGGCCAAACACUCAGAAAUGCUGGCUGAGGACAAAAGCAUACAGAAGAUGGAGGUUCUUUUGAACAAGAUUGUGGCGAUUCAUCAGCAAUAUCGGAAAGACAGAUCAGCUGGCAAGCUCAACUACAACGACGAGCAGAUACACAAGUUUGAAAAGCUCAACCUGUCAUCUCACAUAAAGAAGGUAAAAAAGUUGUUUUGUGAUGACUGUCUGCAGAAGCAACAGGAAGUCUGGGCUGCAUUGAGGAUGUUGAACAGUACAUUGUAUGAUAUGCAGUCAAGGUUGGACCAAUUCAGCAGUUUCUUCCUGCAGCUAAUAGGGGAUCUGCAGAUUUGUGAGGGUAAUCAGACCAAGGUUCUGGAGCGAGUGUUGGUAAUAGGUCUUCAGAGACCAGCAGGAGCAGAGGCCAUAGACGGGCUGAAGAAUAAAGACCACAUGAUUCUUCGAAUGAAGAGACUGAGAGAUGAGAUGGAGACAGUAGCUCGGGAGCUACAGAAUAACAACCGUAUGAUAGAAAGUCUUAGAGCAUUUAACUCCACGCUGGUGGUGGAGCCUAAUUUACCACAACCAAAAGGACCAUGAGGACUGUGAAGAGCACAACCUAGUGCCCAAGCUAAAGAACUUUUCACUCACGGAGCCAUGUACAGAUGGUUAAAAUUGACUGUAAUAGGGGAAAGAGAGCGAAGAUGAAGAAAAAGGAAAAGGUCAGUUCAAAACAAGACUCUGCUGCUUCUCUGUUUCAUUUUUACUUUUCACCUGUUGUGAAACUGAUUAUCGACAUCUUGCACUGAUCUCAGGACUUCCUGCCACACCAGCAGUUCUGCUGCCUCAUCUACAGACAUACUGUAUUAAAUAUUGAUGCCUCCGAAUUCAAGAGUUAAAAGAGUGAAAUGUUUAGAAUUUCUGCGAAGGAAAGACAUUGACGUUGCAUGCAUUACUGAAUCACAUUUAAAUAUACUGGAUGUAUCUCGUAUGCAGGAUAGGACAUAUAAAGUGGUGACUUCUUCGAGUAAUGGGCCCAAUUGUGAGGGCACUAUAAUACUGGUGAAGAGAAGUCUUAAAUUGGUAAUCCAGAGAGCUAGCUCUUCUCAAGAAGGUUUUGGUUGUUUUUCUUACGUAUGUACCUCGAUACAUUGUAAGAACCUUGCGUUUGUGUCGUUGCAUGCUCCUACAGUAUAUGAUAGCACCUUUUUCCCGUGGGUUGCCAAAGAGUUGUUGGUCCUUUCAGGCUAUGAUUUCAUAAUUGGAGGUGACAUGAAUGCUGUAAUUGAUUAUAGAUUGGACAGAUCAACACAAAAUUCAUCGGUUUCUCAACAACUGGCAUCAAUGGCUUUGACUAAGUUUAUUGAGGAUUUAAAUCUCCUUGAUAUUUGGCGUGCGCGUAAUUUAGGUGUUCAACAUUACACGUUUCUCAAUACGCCAUAAAACUUUUUCAAGAAUUGAUUUUUUCCUAGUUUCCAGAAACUUAAACAUGUUGGUAGAAUCUAGUUCAAUUCUCCCAGCAGUAUUAUCUGAUCAUAGCCCAGUGGUGGUGGUAAUGGAUUUAGGAAUUAAGGUUAGAAGGUCACCAAGAUGGAGAUUUAAUACUAGCUUACUACAAAGUGAGGGUUUUCUAAUGGAAUUUAAAACGAAUCUACAAGAAUUUUUAGUGAUUAACAAGGAAUCUGUUGAGGAUCCAAGGUUGGUCUGGACGGCCACUAAAGGCUUUAUAAGGAAUUUCUCAUCUGCUUUUGCAGCCCAUCUGAACAAGGAUAAACUUCACAGAAUCAGUAUGUUGGAACAGCAAUGCAAUGUAUAAAAAGCAAAAUUGAAUGAUUUGUUAAGAAUAGCUGAGUUCAUUAUACAUAGAGUUUGACAAAGAUACUACUUUUAUGGAAGCAGACCUAGCAAGCUUCUUGCUCUGAAAUUAAAGCAGUGUGAAAGGUUUGCUACGAUAGAUUCCAUCCACUCUUCAUUAAAGGUUUAGUAGUUGACCCAAAGGAUAUUAAUGAUACUUUCAAAUCAUUUUAUCAGGAUUUAUAUUCUUCUAGGGGUGACUUUAAUACCGAGGAUUGUAGACAAUUUUUAGAUAACCUUGACCUUCCAAAGUUAAGUGAAGUUGAUGCAGAAGAAUUAGGCAGUCCUCUAUCUUUAGAAGAACUACAUUUAGCACUGAAAAAUACCCCUUAAGGUAAAGCACCUGGACCAGAUGGUAUUCCACCAGAACUGUUGUUGUGCUUUUGGGAUAUUCUUGGUCCAGUGUUGUAUGAAGCCAUACAGUUUGCAAUUGAGGUGGGCUCUUUUCAUGAUCAUAUGAAUGUUGCUAUGAUAUCUUUGUUACCUAAAAAAGGUAAAGAUCUUACUCAGUGUGCCAACUUUCGAUUUCAUUGAUAAAUUCUGAUAUUAAAUUGUAUUCUAAGGUGCUAGCCUAUAGACUUGAUAAAUAUAUUGGGAAAUCAAUACACUCUGAUACACUCACAACAAGAUGCUCCGUGUGCAGUUUUGUCCUUGGACGUAGAGAAAGCGUUCGAUAGAAUUGAGUGGGAUUAUCUGUGGAUGGUGUUAGAGAAGUUUAGUUUAGGACGUAACUUCAUUCAUAUGAUUCGAAUUUUAUACAAUAAUCCAUCUGCUAUGGUCAUCACUAAUGGUUUACAGUCUCUCCCCUUCUCUGUUUUUCGUGGAACAUGUCAAGGGUCACCCUUACCUCCACGCUGAUGAUAUCAUCCUUUAUAUGACUGAUAUUGCUAAGUCCAUUUCCCAUUUAUUACUAGCAUUUGAAAACUUUCAAAAAUAUGGGAAAAAUAUGGGAAAAUUUGGCUUAGAAAAUUAAAAUUACUGAAUUACUUAAUGCACGAGUAAAGGGUUUUAAAAUGGUAAAUUAAGGUUAUACAGUACUCACACUGUAAUGCAUGCAAAGACAGGAUAGCAGAUCGAUCUCUUUGUUUUCACUCUGUUACUCCAGCAAUUAUUUUUUUUAUUUUAUUUUUUUUUUAAUAAAUGUAUGCAUAUGAGUGCAUGUAUCUAUGUAUAUGGACACAUGCUAGUUUAUUGUAGAUUUAUAUUUUAGAUUUGUGGUGUUUCUUUUGGAUCUUUUGUUUUUGUGUUAAUUGUGAUGUGUUGGUUUGCCAACUGGGGGUGGGUGGAUGGGAGAGUGGGGGAG